CGCCGCCAGCGCGGCCCUGCCCACACUCAAGAUGGCGCCGCACUGAGGCCUCCCCGGUACCGCCAACAUGGCGGCGCCCACCGCGGCGUCAGUGACGUCAUUCUCUUUCCGGUGCGGGCCGGAAGUGGCGCGGCCAUGGCGGCCGGGAGCUCCCGGGGCUGACGCCGCCAUGGCCACCAGCCGCUCCGAGGACGAGGAGUCCCUGGCGGGGCCCAAGCGGGGCCCGGCCACCCCCGCGGGGACUGUCCCCAAACGGCGCAGCUCCUCCAGGUUCAUCAAGAGGAGGAAGUUCGAUGAUGAGCUGGUGGAGAGCAGCCUGGCCAAGUCCUCGCGGGCCAAGGGGGGCCCCGAGCCGGGGGGAGGGGCGGCCUCGGAGCCCUCCCCCGGCGAGAGGAAAAAGGUGUCCCGGGCCGUGCCCCCCCCCGGCGCCCCGGGCCCGGCCCCCCCCCCGGCGCUGCCCAAGCGGCUCAAGAAGGGCAAAGGCAGCCCCGCCCCCCGCGACCUGGGCAGGUGGAAACCCGCCGAUGACCUGCUGCUCAUCAACGCCGUGCUGCAGACCAACGACCUGACCUCGGUGCACCUGGGGGUGAAGUUCAGCUGCCGCUUCACGCUGCGCGAGAUCCAGGAGCGCUGGUACUCGCUGCUCUACGACCCCGUCAUCUGCAAGCACUCGUGCCAGGCCAUGCGCCAGCUGCACCCCGAGGGUUGGGUGGCCGUGGCCGCCAUCCAGAGCAAGGUCCUGUUCAGCAAGGCCGAGGAGCAGCUGCUGACCCGCGUGCCCUCGAGCCCCGUGCCCUCGCUGGACACCUUCCAGGAGCUGCUGCAGCGCCACCCCGCCGUGUUUUACCCUGCCAGGACCCCCAAGGCCCUGCAGCUGCACUGGCAGCUGCUGCGCCAGUACCACCUGCUGCAGGACCAGACAGUGCAGCCCCUCCCCAAGGGGGAUCAGGUGCUGAAUUUCUCCGACGCCGAGGAGCUGCUGGACGACGCCAAACUCAGGGACGUGCGGGACGAGGUCCUGGAGCACGAGCUGACGGUGGCUGACCGGCGGCAGAAGCGCGAGAUCCGGCAGCUGGAGCAGGAGCUGCACCGCUGGCAGGUGCUGGUGGACUCCAUCACAGGGAUGAGCUCCCCGGAUUUCGACAGUCAGACUCUGGCCGUGCUGCGGGGUCGGAUGGUUCGGUACCUGAUGCGCUCCCGCGAGAUCACCCUGGGCAGAGCCACCAAGGACAACCAGAUCGACGUGGACCUGGCUCUGGAGGGCCCGGCCUGGAAGAUCUCCCGCAAGCAGGGGGUGAUCAAGCUGAAGAACAACGGGGAAUUCUUCAUCGCCAACGAGGGCCGGCGGCCGAUCUUCAUCGACGGCCGCCCGGUGCUGGGGGGCAGCAAAUGGAAACUCUGCAACAACUCCGUGGUGGAGGUGGGCGGGGGGCUGGGGAGGGGCCCGGGGGGCUCCCAGGGAAAAUUCCCGAUUUUUUAA